UAUAGAGUUAUUUUUGUUCGAAACCAUCGAUCGAUUUCCACCGUCAUCGAAAGCUUCGCGCCCACCGCGGCCGCCAUUAAGUAAAGUGAAGGCAGCACAAGUGGUAGUGCAUUUUCGUCGUUCUCAAUUUGUUGGAUUACUAAUUUGCAAAAAGUUCAUCAAUCCGCCGGCACAUUUCGUAGACAAUGGCCCGUACUAAACAGACCGCUCGUAAAUCUACCGGAGGUAAGGCCCCGCGUAAGCAGCUUGCCACCAAAGCUGCCCGUAAAAGUGCUCCAUCCACUGGUGGUGUCAAAAAACCCCAUCGUUACCGGCCAGGUACAGUGGCACUGCGUGAAAUUCGUCGGUACCAGAAGUCUACGGAACUUCUGAUCCGCAAAUUGCCGUUCCAGCGGUUGGUGCGUGAAAUCGCACAAGAUUUCAAAACCGAUCUUCGUUUCCAGUCGGCCGCCAUCGGUGCCCUGCAGGAAGCAAGUGAAGCUUAUCUGGUUGGAUUGUUUGAAGACACGAACUUGUGCGCUAUCCACGCGAAGCGUGUCACUAUUAUGCCCAAGGAUAUCCAGUUGGCCCGCCGUAUCCGAGGCGAACGUGCUUAAGCAGUAGCAACAGGCAUCUUUUAUCACUAUUACGAUCAACAUCUCUCCCUUGCUCCCGUAAAUACCAUGUUGAUUAUAACUUCAAUUUUUGAAGCUUUGAAAAAGAAAAUGAACAUAGAAUUUUACUGACUUCAGCCAGUUCCGAUACAGAGAAACUGAUAACUUAUUUUUCGAAAAUUCUGCAUAAUUCAUUUGACCAAAAUCCAAUAAAUAAGAGAAGUAAACUUGAGUUCUAGGUUUAAUCAACAUGAAUGUGAAAGUAGAAAUUCAUUAACAAACAACUAGACGUGUAAGGUAGUAAAUAAGGAAAUGUGUGAAGAAAUCGAAAAAUAGAGGGAAACCAUUCAGAGGGCGGUAUACGAUUAGAGCUCUCGGCGAAGUUUACUCGAGUACGAUAAACUACCCGAUGAAGAGAUUGAUUGUAGAACCGACAAGCAUAGAAAAUGGAUGACCGCUAUUUCCAAACACUCAAAAACAUUAUUUUUAAUCCACGUACACACUUGGUAAAACUGGAUAUGCAAUUUAUUUUUUUAUAAAGUAAGAAAUAAACAAUACAUGUUUAAUCUGUA